AUGUCGUCCCGUGUUCCGAAGUCGAAGUCUGGCGUCUUCAGCGGCUAUCUGAUCGAUCCGGACAAGUUCAAGGAAUUCGUCUCCAGUCUGCCCGUUGAAAAGGUCUGGGAGGACGAGGAAUGCUUCGGCGAUCCCUAUGAAGCACUCAUAAUUGGGUACUGCAAUUGGCGCCUCCAGGUUGGGCGCGUCAACCCGCAGAAAAAGAAGUAUUUACCCAGAAUCAGAGUUCGCCACGCUCUGCCCGGCGAGCCCAGUGUGACGCAGGACCGGAUAACCCACAUGUUCUUCGCCACUCGCUGCGUACCAUAUAAACGUAGCUCUCAGAUGGAUGAGUCGCACCCGGACAGCCAACGACUUCGGGAGGAGACGGAGAGAGAUCGGGCUUUGUUUAACGUAUUUAAGCAGACCGUGGAAAGUGAGGGUGGUAAGAUCGACCGGGACAUGGUCACCUUCGGGAUUAUCAGAGACUGGCACCCUGCUCACGAUCCAUUCUGCUCGAUGUCUCCACCGUCCUCUGCCACUUUCGGCACCGCGGUCAUCAUCUUUCGUGGUGGCGGAUGUGUAUUUGGCUGCAGCAUGCCAUCCAUAGUUUACUGCACUCGUCCUGCGUGCUGUGCGCCCUCCGACGUCUGGACACAUGCAACAGAAGGCGAAGCAGCAGCUCAUGGGGGACGUGGAGCAGCUUGGGCCGCCAACGCUCAGCGCAUCCUCGAGCUCGACGAGAAAAGUUCGGAAAUCGAGAGGCUGUCGGCUGAGCUGGUCGUCUCCCAGGCUCGCGAGGCCGAGCUUGUCUCUAAGAUUCAAGACAUGGAGCUCGCGAAAGCAGCGGAUGCUUCCCGGCAUGAGGCCGAGACUACCUCUGUGAGGUCCUCCUUGGAGUCGAUGCAGCGCGACGUGAAGGAUCUUGGAGCCCAGCUAAGAGUGAGCGUCGCCGCACGCGUCAAACUUGAAACGGAGGUCAAGAACCUCUACGCCAAGUUGGACUCCGCGCGUUCGUCGCUGGAAGCAGAGACCGCUCGUUCGGCUGCAAUGGAGAAGGACCUUAGACAGGUCACGGCGAAGAUCCACGCACUGCAAGAUGAGCUUGAACGUGCUGUGGCUGCGAGGCGGGCCGAGCAAAGUAAGCUCGCGACUCUCGUCAGUGGAUACAACAAGCUUCGCAAGCAGCAGAUGGAUUCGUAUGCCGAGUUUGACCAGAUGAGUGUCGCGCGACACCUCAAGCUGUUGCUCGAGGUCACUGAUAGUGACGUCCUUCUCGGCCAAAUUCUUCUCGAGUUCUACUUCAUUGUGAUGUCCUUGGAAGCCGCCAGCUCCUUCUCAGAGCUCAACUCGGCCAACAGGCCUCUUACCUUCCCCUGGUACUCCGAGUCCAGCGUGGCCCUGAGCUUCGCAAGCACUGCCAUUUGA